GAUUCGGGUGUCUUUACAAAAUUUCUUACCUUAAACUUCAUGUGUGCAGUACUUGCUUUCGUCUUCAAUGGAUAAAACAGUAAAGUUAUGGAACAUGUCAAGUGUAUCAUGUUUGAAAACGUUCUCACACUGUGACUAUGUGACAUGCAUCCAGUUCAACCCUGUCGAUGAUAGAUACUUCAUUAGUGGUUCUCUGGAUGAAAAGGUCCGCAUCUGGAGCAUUCCAAAACGUGAAAUUGUUGAUUGGCAUGAUCUGCAUGAAAUGGUCACUGCUGCUUGCUAUACCCCUGAUGGACAGAGUGCGUUAGUUGGUUCCCACAAGGGCAGCUGUCAUCUUUAUGACACAUCGGAUAAUAAGCUUAUCCAAAAGAAACAAAUUGACUUGCAAACUAAAAAGAAGAAGUCCCACCAGAAGAAGAUCACUGGAUUUCAGUUACUUGAUCAGUUCCUUCCAGGGAGUUCUUCGAAGGUGCUCAUCACAUCUGCCGAUUCACGGAUCCGAGUUAUUGAUGAUUUUGAACUAGUUCACAAAUUUAAAGGUUUCCGUAACACCAACAGCCAAAUCUCAGCUUGCUACGCAGCCAGAGGCAGAUACGUGAUCUCAGCGAGCGAAAACUCCCAUGUGUACGUGUGGAGAAACGACGACGGCCCUGACGAGCAAAGAAGCAGCAGCAGCAGCAAGGGCGUCGUUUCUGUCGCAAAUUCCUACGAGUACUUCUACUGCCGGGACGUGACGGUGGCCGCCGCCUUGCCAUCCACGGCGGGGUCAGCGGCGACGUCCCGGACCAACUCCAGGAGGAAGCACCAGGAGCUGGAUUGUGUGUCCGAGUAUCCUCUGCCGCACGCAGGAGACGGAGAUUCCUCUGAUUUCCAGCAGCAGCAGAGCCGCGAUGACCUAAGCAACGGUUCGAACCACAGCGGCGGCGACAGAGCGUCUGCGACCUGGCCCGAGGAGCUCAUGACGCCGACGAAACAGAGCCCGCGGUCCAGCACCAGUCUCCCCGACGGUGACGGCGCCGGGCAGGCCCCGAGCCGGUCGGCCUGGGGCAUGGCCAUCGCCACGGCAGGCAGUGGGGGUCAGAUCAGGAUACUCCAGAAUUUUGGGUUUCCCGUCAGAGUAUAGUAGCAGCAGUAGGGGGUGAUUUUUGUGUGUAAAUAGGUGGGAGAUGCGGCUGGUUUGCUGUUAGCGGUGUUCGAGUUCCGUGCGAAUGCGAUUUGGGUGUAGCUGAUGCGUGCUUACUCGACUAACGACGACGGCCUUGUUCGUUUGUACGCCCACCCCGCCUGCCCCGGCUGGAGUGAAAUCUCUGGCCACACCCAUUUGUAUCUGCUUUUCCACUCUUGUCCGCUCCGGCUCUCCGCUCAAUUCUUUAGUUCCCUUGUGUGUGUGUGUGUGUGUGUGUGUGUGUGUGUGUGUGUGUGUUUGUUACCCUUUCUGACAUAUUCUUGUAAGGGAAAAAAAUCUCAGGUGUAUACAUACAUGCAGAUAGAGAAGCGAAGGACGAGUUUUCUUAGUGGUGGAUUCGUUAUACAAGUGGCCUUCCAGGUCUUCUCAUACGGGAGGGAGCUAGGAAGAGAAUAAUAAAAUCUCGAGUUCUGAAGCUUUUGGGCUGCA